AUGGAGAGGGGGGUCGGAGCCCAGCUGUUCCUCCUGCUGUGGGCCACCUGCUGCGGACACGCACAAGCCAACCGCCCGAGCGACUAUGGUUCGGUCAUCAACGUGACCAAUGGGGGUCCUUGGGGCGACUGGGCCUGGCCCGAGAUGUGUCCUGAUGGAUUCUUUGCCAGCGGGUUCUCGCUCAAGGAGGAGCCCCCCCAAGGCAUUCCUGGCGACGACACUGCUUUGAACGGGAUCCGACUGCACUGCUUACGCGGGAACGUGGAGCACAAUACGCACGUGGUGGAGUCCGAGUCUGGAAGGUGGGGCGCGUGGAGUGAGCCCCUGUGGUGUCCCGGCGGUGGCUUCCUCGUGGCUUUCUCGCUGCGCGUGGAGGCACCCCAGACCUACCGGGACAACACAGCAGCCAACAACGUUCGCUUCCGCUGCUCAGACGGCACGGAGCUGGAGGGGCCCGGCCUGGCCUGGGGCGACUUUGGAGAAUGGAGUAAGCCCUGCCCCAAAGGCAUGUGUGGUUUGCAGACCAAGGUGGAGCGGCCGAGGGGCCUCUGGGAUGACACUGCCCUGAACGAUGUGCGCUUUUUCUGCUGCCGCAGUUAACGAGGGCGCCCGCCCCGGGGCCAAUCCCACCGCUCGCUAUUAAAGCUUCUCUGU